AUGGAGAAGGUAAGUGACCUUAUGACUUCAGACAGGAGAUGGAAUGCCAACUUAAUCUGGAGCACAUUUGAGGAAAAUAUAGCUCGUGACAUUCUUUCAGUGCACAUCCCAAUACAAGAAUGCGAGGAUGAGUUCACAUGGAUCCCAAAGAAAACAAGGGAAUUCAGUUUUAAAUCGGGGUAUUGGAUGGCAGCAAACCAAAAGAAAGAGACCAUAUGGAGACCAACAUCCAAAUCAUUCUGGAAAAUGUGGUGGAAAGUGUCCCUGCCACCAAAAGUCAAGAUGUUUAUCUGGAAGAUCUCUCAUAAUAUCAUCCCUACAAGGGAGAAUUUGGGGAAAAGAGGCAUAUGUUUAAGUAGUCUAUGUAAUCUUUGUAACAAAGCACCAGAAGAUAUGAACCACUUGUUUCGGUUUUGCGAAAUUUCUCAAAGGGUGUGGGCGUCCUCACCUCUUGGGAUUAACUCAGCUAAACCCCAGUUUUUGUCUUGCAGGGAUUGGGUAUUUAACUUCAUUCAAUAUUGUAUGACACAGCUAGAGAGCAACCCAAAGUUAAUGCAUAACUUCGUGGCGACCCUCUGGGCCAUUUGGUUGCACAGAAAUAAUAUCAUCUUUAGAGGCGUGAGUGUUAAUCCUAAAAAUAUCUUGGAGUUAGCACAGUUGCACGCGGCGAAAUGGGAGGAGAUACAGUCCUGGAAGAAAAAGAGUCAGGAUUCAAACCAAAAUCCAAAGAUAACAGCACUUCCGGUUAUAUGGAAGUCAGGAAAUGCUACAACUUACUCGUUUGAGUCAGUCUGUGUGGAUGCAGCAUGGAAAGAGCGGAAAGGGAAACAGGGGGAAAACUGGAGAGCAGCCAUAGCAUGGACAACAGAAAAUGCGAAUCUACAACACAUUCAAGGGAGUAAGAGAAUAUUUGCUCUUACACCAACUCAGGCUGAGGGAAUUGCAGUACUGGAAGCCUUAAAACUUGCGCACACAGAUAUAAAGAAUCUGGUCAUAAAAACGGAUUCACUGCAACUGGUAAAGGCCUUGAAGAAUCCAGUGAAUGCAGAAGAGGAGCUGAAACAUAUUGUCAAAGAUAUAUUCCUCGAAGCUAGGAAGAGAGAUUAUGUUGUUUGUAUCAAAGUAGAUAGAAUUAUGGUCAAUAAAGCCCAUAUGCUAGCCUCUUACUGUAGGAAGCAGGGGUAA